AUGAGGAAAACUCGUCAUGUUCUCUCUAAACCAACCUCCUUUCCCGCCACCCUCACCCCCACACCCACCACUCCCAAAAAAGCCCCUUCUCACUCUCCACGCUCUACUCAAACCAACUCUCAUGACCAAGGAAAUGCUAAUCCUAGUGAAACACACUUCAUAUCUCUCAUCCAUGCCUCCAAAACCACCCAACAACUCCAACAACUCCACGCUCAAAUCGUCCGUCACAACCUCCACUCAAACAGUCGGGUCAUAACCCAGUUCGUUUCUUCAUGUUCUUUACUCAAGAACAUUAGCUACGCUUUGUCAAUCUUCCGGCAAUUCGAUCAUCCAAACUUGUUCAUUUUCAAUGUAUUGAUUAGAGGAUUAGCCGAAAAUGCUUAUUUUAUGAGCUCAAUUUCUUAUUUUGUUUAUAUGUUGCGGUUGAAUAUCCAGCCUGACAGGCUUACUUACCCUUUUGUUCUCAAAUCUAUUGUGGCAUUGUGUGAAAGAGGACUUGGUGAGGUUGUUCAUGGUAGAAUCUUGAAAAUGGGUCUUGAGUUUGACUCGUUUGUUAGAGUUUCUUUGGUUGAUAUGUAUGUGAAACUCGAGCUGUUGGGUCGCGCUUUACAGCUAUUUGAUGAAAGUACUGAAAGAAAUAAGCUUGCGAGUAUAUUGUUAUGGAAUGUGGUGAUUAAUGGGUGUUGUAAGGCUGGGGAGUUGAGGAAGGCUAUGGAGUUGUUUGAGGCAAUGCCGGAGAGGAAUGUGGGCUCUUGGAAUAGUUUGAUUAAUGGAUUGAUGACAGAUAGACAGGUGGACCGAGCAAUGGAGCUUUUUGAUCAUAUGCUGGAGAAGAAUGUAGUUUCUUGGACCACUAUGCUUACUGGGUUAGUACAUAAUGGGCGGCAGGAGAAGGCUUUAGAUAUGUUUUCCAACAUGUUGGUGGAGGGUGUGAGGCCUAAUGAUUUAACUAUUGUUUCUGCACUUUCAGCUUGUGCUAAGACAGGAGCACUUGAAGCUGGGGUUCGUAUUCAUAAUUAUAUUUCUAGCAAUGGAUUUAAGUUGAACAGAGCUAUUGGGACUGCUUUGGUGGAUAUGUAUGCAAAAUGUGGGCAUAUCGAUUCUGCAAGUCGGAUCUUUGGUGAGACUAAAGAGAAGGACCUUCGUACUUGGACCGUCAUGGUAUGGGGUUGGGCGAUACAUGGGCAUGUUGAGCAUGCACUUCAGUGCUUUGAUAAGAUGAAGUUGGCAGGAGUAAAACCAGAUGAAGUUGUCUUUCUUGCUGUGUUAACUGCUUGUGCUCAUGCUGGACGAGUAGAACAGGGACUUUAUUUCUUUGAAAGGAUGAGGCUAAACUACUCCAUUGAGCCCACCAUGAAACAUUAUGCAGUAAUUGUGGACCUAUAUGGCAGGGCAGGUCAGCUAGAUGAAGCUCUCAGUUUUGUCCAAAGCAUGCCACUAGAACCUGAUUUCGUGAUAUGGGGGGCACUUUUUUGUGCUUGCAGGGCUCACAAAAAUAUCGAAAUGGCAGAAUUUGCAUCAGAAAAGCUCAUGCUGCUCGAGCCUAAGCAUCCUGGGAAUUAUGUCUUUUUGUCCAAUAUAUAUGCUGGGACAGGGAGAUGGGAAGAUGUAGAAAGAGUGAGAAUUUCAAUGAAGGAUAGAGGUGUAGAUAAAGAUCCCGGGUGGAGUUAUAUUGAGGUUGAGGGCCGGCUGCAUAGUUUUGGGGCUGGUGAUUAUGCUCAUGAGCGCGCAGAAGAGAUAUACCAAAAAUUGGCAGAAAUGACAAAAAGUGCAAGAGAACGAGGUUACUUGCCUGAGACUGAGUGGGUACUCCAUAACAUUGAAGAGGAAGAGAAGGAAGAUGCAUUGGGAAGUCAUAGUGAAAAGUUGGCACUUGCUUUUGGGCUUAUUAGCACUGCUCCUGGGAUGGGAAUUAGGAUUGUAAAGAACUUGAGAGUCUGUGGAGAUUGCCAUUCUAUGAUGAAAUAUGUCAGUAAGAUGAGUCCAAGAGAGAUUGUAUUGAGGGAUAUAAAGCGUUUCCACCUUUUCAAGGACGGAACUUGCUCAUGCCAAGAUUUUUGGUGACAGUACGCACUUGUAGCCUUGAUUUCUGGUUGAGGUCAUUUUUUUUCCCAGAAGGUUGGUUAAGGUCAUAUUAACAUGCAAUUUUGUGGCAUUCUCUUUCUUUUCCACUCAUUUAGAGUAGCCAUUCAAUGUCUUACAGUAGAAACUGUAAAUUUAC